AUGGACACCUUUAAAAAAGCUCAAGAAAAUUCGCCUGAAACAUUUCAAACCCACCUCGCGUAUGAGGAAAAUCCUGGUCAAGCGCAAAGGUUUCUUGCUCGUGUAGGAAACAACUUCAGGUGGCCUUCCUCAAUGCCAGAACGCUUCAGGAGGAAUGCCUUCAGAAAAAUUGCUGACGUUGAAUUCGAAUUUGACGACGAGAUCGGGUUUAAUUUCAUAUUUUUUUACAACACACUCGACAAAGGCGAAUUUGCUGGGCAUGAAAAUGAAUGGGUGACGGUGCACAACCAGAAAGUAAUUGAGUAUGGACAGGAGUAUAGAAAUGAUCAAUUGGACUACAUUCUUGAAACUAUGCCUGGUGCCAUCCAACUUCCGGUCGAUCAGACACGUCUGCCACGUAGUAAGCCAGCGAAGAUGGUGAUUGGUCAGUGUACUAAUAAUGGAGUCGAUUACAAGGUUUGA